CAUUUUGUAAAAAAAGUCAAACAUAACAUAAAUGAUUUCGAGCUGAUCAAAACAUGGCGAUUUUAGAAAGUGUUAUGAGUGUUCAGAAAUUGAAGAACUUAUUUCCUCUUUCUCAAAAUCUAAAACAGAGUAUUUUGGAACAUAGACGCAACGUAGAGAAUAUUCUAAAACGGGAAAAUGACAGACGCUUGGUUAUCGUUGGUCCUUGCUCAAUUCAUAAUGUUUCGGAAGCGAUGGACUAUGCUCGUAAACUGAAGAAGAUUAAAGACAGGUAUAGCGAUACAGUCAUGGUAAUAAUGCGAGUGUAUUUGGAGAAACCACGCACUCUUGAUGGUUGGAAGGGCUUUCUCAAUGACCCAGAUUUGGACGGCACGUUUAAUGUUAACAAGGGCCUUACGUUAGGACGUAAACUACUUGUUGACAUAAACAAAAUGGGCGUUCCAUGUGCAACCGAAUUUCUUGAUCCUUUACUCGCAGACUAUUUCAGUGACUUGAUCACGUGGGGAUGUAUUGGGGCAAGGACCACUGAAUCACAGAUUCACAAACAAAUGGUUUCAGGCCUCCGUUUGCCUGUCGGAUUCAAGAAUACGACGAGUGGGGACGUGACAACUGCAAUCCUAAGUACGCUUGCCGUUCAGAAAAGUUUCACAUUUGUCAAAGUUAUGGACAAUGGAAAACGAAGUCUUGUCCAAACAGAAGGUAAUCCUAAUACGUUCCUUGUGUUACGGGGAAGCACAAACUCUCCAAAUUACACAGAAAAGGACAUUCGUGGAGUAGAGAAACAAUUGGCCGACUUGAACACGAAAAUUGGUAUUAUAAUUGAUUGUAGCCACGGGAACAGUGGCAAAGAUUUCAGAAAACAGCCUUCAGUAUGCAAAUAUGUUGCCGACAAACUCAUAAACGCUGAAUUUGGAAAUUUCAAGGGGGUAAUGAUAGAGUCCAACAUCAUUGAAGGGUGUCAAAACACCAAUAAACCGUUAAAAUACGGAAUAAGUGUCACCGAUUCCUGCGUAAAUUUAGAGACGACUGAAAAGAUGAUAGAAACUUUGUCGAAAGCAGUUGCAGCAGGAUAUAAGAGUGCGGUACAAGCUCUUCGCAUAUCUCCUAAAUGAUGAAAAAAUUCUUGAAAUGAAUAAAGAGAAUUCGAAUUCAUUACUGGUACUUCGUUUCAUUUUGGACAAAAUAAACAAUACCAUUAUUCAGGCAUACAUCACUAGCGAAAGAACAAAUUCAGUUAAUAACCAGCGCUUUUAAUUAGGCUAUUCGGCUUGCAUACAUUUUAUGAUCAUUAUUGUAAAUACAUUCAUAACUUUGUUUGUCGUGAGAAUUUCAGUAUUUUUCUGUAUGAUUUGUGUGAUCUGACAUGUCUGAUAUGUGAUGUAUCACUUGUUAAUGAUAUGUUCACUAUAAUAGUACUUUUAAACUUACCGUACCGUAAUGAGAUCUAGAUGUGUACACUUAUCGUAAAAGUACAAAAAAAGCCAGGACACUUUCUAAAAAUCAUCCGGCAUUCGCUUUUGAAUGAUGAAUUUAUUUCAGGACACGAGUGUCCAUAUCGUAAUCGUAUAUCCCUGACAUGUCCCACGUCAUUCAAAUGACAUUUCAAAAGUUGUUUUUCAUGAUCACUGGGUGUCCCAAAAGAAGGCUAAAGUACAUGUUUGAUUUACAGAAAACGUUCGAUUGCUCAUUCGAAAACCAGUGCAUUCUUAAUUCUAAGACCAAUAAAGACAGAAUCGCAUCGAGGGCGCCUCAGGGGAAUGCCUUACUAACGAGCAUAUUGUAACAAGCCGGAUAAAGCAAUUGAAAGAAAGUGUGCCAAAUACAAUGCCCCGUGUGGGAAUCGAACCUAGGUCACUUGUUGCUACAGUUGUCACGGUAGCAACUUGCUAUCAAGGGUCGUUACACAACCUUGAAAAAUUAAUUAUAUUUUAGAAUAUUUUACAUGAUGUAUUUUCUCAGCUUUUAUUCGCGAAUGCAACUUUCGACUGUCGGCUACCGGAUUAACCUACUACUUAAGGUAACUCAUUUAAAAAUGAAGAGUAGACAGUAGACUAGCCUACCUUACAAUUUUCACUUCAUAUCUCAAUAAGAUGAUAAUAACAUAGUAAUCUAAUCCGGUAGCCGACAGUCGAAAGUUGAAAUGUGACAGGCUAGAGAAGAUACACUUUAUUCCGUGCGGAUUCCGGCAGUGCCUGAACUAAAGUCCUGAAAAAGGACAGGACAGGAUACGUAUACUGCUCUGCCAUCUUUUUAUGAUCAUUGUUCUUUCUGUCAUCAAAGGUGUAAGCUCUACCUAAAAAUUGUUUCGACCGUCGGACUGAAAAUGUUUGAGAAUGCAAGAGAGAAUGCUUAUGUUCACAGUGAUGUUGC